UCUGGGCAGACCGGCGGGGACUUUAGAGCCCAGGCUGCCAGGGGUGCGGGCGGCAGGACGGACAGCGGUGGUCCAGCGGUUGGCAAGAGCGGCUGCAGCAGCGCGCCAGGGAGAGGGCGACGCCAGGAUGCUGGAGGGCCCCGUGCCAGAGAAGACGGAGCCGGGCUCUGAGGCGCCGUGCGCGGGUUCCUGCCACGCGCAGCGAGUCCUGCAGACGCUCAACGCCUACCGCCGGAGCGGCACCCUCACCGACGUGGUGCUGCGCGCCGGGGGCCGCGACUUCCCGUGCCACCGCGCUGCGCUCAGCGCGGGCAGCGCCUACUUCUGCAGCCUGUUCGCGGCGGGCCGGCCGGAGCGCGGGCUGGCGGUGGUGCCCGUGGCGCCCGAGGCCCCCGCGGCGGCGCUGGCCGUGGUGCUCGACUACGUGUACGGCGCGGGCGUGCAGCUGCGCGCGGAGGACGAGGCGGCCGCGGUGCUGGCGCUGGCCGAGCGGCUGGGCGUGGCGGGCCUGCGCGAGGCCUGCGCGCGCUUCCUCGAGGGCCGCCUGCGCGCCGCCAACAGCCUGGCGCUGCGCCGCGUGGCCGCCGCCUUCUCGCUGGCCCCGCUGGCCGAGCGCUGCGGCCGCGUGCUGCGCCAGGCCUUUGCCGAGGUGGCGCGCCACGCCGACUUCUUGGAGCUGGCGCCCGACGAGCUGGCGGCGCUGCUGGCCGACCCGGCGCUGGGCGUGGCGCGCGAGGAGGCCGUGUUCGAGGCGGCCAUGCGCUGGGUGCGCCACGACGCGCCCGCCCGCCGCGGGCAGCUGCGCCGCCUGCUGGAGCACGUGCGCCUGCCCCUGCUGGCGCCCGCCUACUUCCUGCAGAAGGUGGAGGCCGACGAGCUGCUGCAGGCCUGCGGCGAGUGCCGCCCGCUGCUGCUGGAGGCGCGCGCCUGCUUCAUCCUGGGCCGCGAAGCCGGGGCCCUGCGGACCCGGCCGCGGAGAUUCAUGGACCUAGCUGAAGUGAUCGUGGUCAUCGGUGGUUGCGACCGUAAGGGGCUUCUGAAGCUACCCUUUGCCGACGCCUACCACCCAGAGAGCCAGCGCUGGACGCCGCUGCCCAGCCUGCCUGGCUACACACGCUCCGAGUUCGCCGCCUGUGCUCUCCGCAAUGAUAUCUACGUGUCCGGAGGCCACAUCAAUAGCCGUGAUGUGUGGAUGUUUAGCUCCCAUCUGCACACCUGGAUCAAGGUGGCCUCGCUGCACAAGGGCAGGUGGAGGCACAAGAUGGCGGUGGUGCAGGGGCAGCUGUUCGCGGUGGGCGGCUUCGACGGCCUGCGGCGCCUGCGCAGCGUGGAGCGCUACGACCCCUUCUCCAACACGUGGGCGGCCGCGGCGCCCCUCCCCGAGGCCGUGAGCUCCGCCGCGGUGGUGCCCUGCGCGGGCCGGCUCUACGUGAUCGGGGGCGCCCGGCAGGACGGCGUCAGCACCGACAAGGUGCAGUGCUUUGACCCCAGGAAGGACCAGUGGAGCCUGCGCUCACCAGCACCCUUCUCGCAGCGGUGUCUUGAGGCGGUCUCCAUCGAGGACACCAUCUACGUGAUGGGGGGCCUCAUGAGCAAAAUCUUUACCUACAAGCCUGGCACAGAUGUCUGGGGGGAGGUGGCUGUCCUGCCGAGCCCUGUGGAGAGCUGUGGCGUGACUGUGUGUGACGGGAAGGUCCACAUCCUUGGCGGGCGGGAUGAGCACGGGGAAAGCACUGACGGAGUCUUCACCUUGGACCCCAGCAGUGGGCUGGUGGAGGCCCAGCUGUCCCUGCAGCGCUGCACCAGCUCCCACGGUUGUGUCACCAUCAUCCAGAGCCUGAGCAGGUGACUCAGACUUGCAGAGCGUGAGGCAGAGCGCUCACCUGACAGGCUUCUCGGGAAGCUCACUCAGCUCCUUUCGUGGUGCUGCCAUGUAAAUAGCCCCUGAACUUCUUGCCCCCCUUGCCUGGAAACAAAACCACCUAAAAGGCUGGGUCUGUCUUCCAGCCCAAGCCUGCUCCGCCUGGAGAAGCAGUGCCCCGUGUCUGCUUUCCUGCUUUGAUUCUUUGCAAAGCAUCUUCGUUCAUUCUGUCACUCACUUUCACAACAGUGUGGACACUUUCUAAAAAUUAUUAAAUAUU